UUAUCGUGAGAUCAUUUAGUAGAAAAAUCACUGCUAAUUCGAGUAGUAAAUUUCCUGGAACCUUCAUUCCCUGGUGUUAUUUGGAUAUAAAACUGCUGAUCAGGCAAAAGCUGUACAAAGAGAGAACGGGAACGCCUUCCGCUAGGGUCUACGAAAAGCGAUCUGGUCUAAAAGGUAACCAUCAAUAUACUCAUUUGCUACUGUCAUCAUGGUGCUAGGCGCCCUCGAAAAGCAGCUCCGGGUUCUCCCCCUUUUUGAGUAUGCAUCUAUACCCACCAAAGAAAAGUUUGCUCUGAAGGCUCAUCGAGACCCGAAGCUGCAAGGGUUAGGUGUACUGGGCCGUGGUCAGCUGUUCUCCCUCUUCCAUGCUGAGCACCUAGCAGAGGCCACCAAGCUGUACGAAGUGCUGAUCGGUGCUAAGACGUUCGAGGAGUUUUUGGACUUAUGCCACCAGGUUCGUGAUUUUGUCAACGAAGGACUUUAUGUGUAUGCCGUCUCUGUCGCUAUCCUCCAUCGUCCAGAUUGUAAAGGGGUGAGUCUCCCACCUAUCCAGGAAAUCUUCCCUGACAAAUUCGUGACUGUGCAGACACUGUAUGAUGCCUUCAAGGAAUUUUGGCAAAACCCACACAAAGAGGAAGAUGUUAUUGUUGAUAUGCAAACCACUGGUAAUAUUCUUGACCCAGAAUACAAUUUGGCUUAUUACCGUGAAGAUAUUGGAAUAAACGCUCAUCACUGGCAUUGGCAUCUAGUGUAUCCCGCCACCUGGCGACCAGAAGUGAUAGGCAAGGUUAAGGACAGGAAAGGAGAGUUGUUCUACUACAUGCAUCAGCAGAUGUGUGCUAGGUAUGAUUGUGAAAGGUUGUCUAAUGGCAUGCCCAGGAUGGAACCAUUCCAUAAUUUUCACGAACCUCUAGAGGGCUACUCCUCCCACCUAAGUUCGUCGAUCAACGGCUUACCCUAUCCCUCACGGCCUGAUGGCAUGACUUUGCAGGAUUUGAAAGAAGUCUCUGUUCAGGAUCUGGAACGUUGGAGAGACAGAAUCUCUGAUGCUAUCCACAUAGGCCACGUGGAAGACGAAAAUGGAUCACACGUGCCAUUAGAUGACACACGAGGUAUUGACAUUUUAGGGGCCAUGGUUGAAGCUAGUUAUGAAUCAAUCAACCAAGCAUUCUAUGGUAGCAUCCAUAACUGGGGUCACGUGAUCUCAGCCAGGGUCCUAGAUCCCGAUGGUCGUUACCAUUUGAAUCCAGGUGUGAUGAGCGAUACUGCUACCUCCCUCAGAGAUCCCAUCUUCUACCGAUGGCAUAGAUUCAUUGAUAAUAUGUUCCAGGAUUACAAAGAGACUUUGCCACAUUACAACCAUUCAGACCUCGAAUUCCCAGGUAUUGAAAUAACCAAAGUCCUUCUGAACGCUGAACACACGAACAACAUCAACACCUUCAAGGAGUUUUCAAUGUUGGAUCUCUCACAUGCUUACGAAUUUGGCAGAGAUGGAGCCGUCAAGGUUCGGUUCAGUCACUUGAACCACGAGGAUUUCCACUACAAGAUUCAGGUUGAAAACCACACUAGCAAAACAAAGCCUGCAACCGUUCGUAUUUUUAUGGCACCCAAGUACGAUGAGCUAGGCAACGAAUUGGAUACCAAGAACUUGCGUCGUCUCAUGAUUGAAAUGGACAAGUUUCAUGCAGAAAUUCAUCCUGGCCACAACACUAUUGUUCGCCACUCUAAAGACUCUAGUGUGACCAUUUCGUCUGCACGAAGCUUUGGACAGUUGGCUCAUGGCGAAGGGAUUAACGAACAUGCUAAUGAAUAUUGUAGCUGUGGAUGGCCAGACCAUUUACUGGUCCCACGUGGUGACGAAAAAGGCAUGCCUUUCCACUUGUUCGUAAUGUUAACCGACUGGCUUCAUGAUCAGGUUGGUGACCACGGCAAGACAGGGAUGUGUACUGACGCAGUAAGCUACUGCGGGGCCAAAGAUCAGCUUUACCCAGACCGACGACCUAUGGGCUUCCCGUUCGAUAGACACAUCGAACUAGAACAUCUCAAGGAUUGGGUACUUCCUAACAUGAAGGACACUCUGAUCACUGUAACACAUCACGAGGAGAUUCACAACCAUAACCACUAAAAAAUGUAACCUAAGAUAUUUCUUUCUGUAGUUAAUGGUUUCAAAUUUCCAUUAACAAUAACAUUUUUCGAGAUAUGCUUUAAACAGUUAAACAUGAAUUUUAAUAUGAACAUGUUUUGGCAAUGUAAUAACUACUGGCAAUUUAAAGUAGUACAUGUUAUUCAAAUAAAGAUAUGAAACUAGGCUCUGGGACUAUAUCGAAUGCAUGGUUGUAACGACGUUUAAUAAUAUAAAUGAAAUAAAGUUAUCUUUAAACUGGA